GUUUCAGGAUUGAGACGCCAGAAGAAACGAGGAGAAAACAGCAGGAAAAGAGGAGCAGGAAACGCUGGCUUGGAUGUUCACAUAAAGAAACUCCUGCUGAUGGACUUCAGUCUCCUCCACCGACUGACACCAUCCUCCAUGUCAUGGCUGACAAAGACCUUCCAGGUUCCUCCUCAUCUUCAGCUGCUCACAUUAGCAGCAUGUUGCCCAGAUCGUCUCCAACUCUUCACCAGAACGGCGGCCUGCAAGAAGGACCAAGACACCAUAGUCCCAGCGACGUGAGCCAGGCCUCUAGCAGCAGCUCCCCCCUCAGGACCUUCAUGUCAGGCUUCAGAAGUCCUGGACCAGGAUUUGGAUCCGAGGGUAGGUCUGGUGAAGGAAGACCCAGAGGCCACAGCCUUGGUUCUGCCUUCAGAAACAGGACUCCCACCUCCAAAAGGAAGCUCAGGACCAGCAAGCAGGACUCAGAGGCUCUGCUGGACCUGAUCAUGGAGUCACAGUGUCAGAGACUGGAGGACCAGAGGGCCAGCACCAGCUUGCUACCCCACCCAGAACCAGUUACCAUAUGUGGGACCUGCAGUCCAAAUCAGCACCCUCCGCCAAGUCUGGACUUCUACUACAAGCUCAUCCAGUACCAGUCUGAUCGGAUGGAGGAGCAGAGGUGUUCCCUCCCAGAUCUGGACGAUGUGGUGGUUCCUGUUCCUGAGGGUCAGGAGGACUUCUUCAGGCUGGUCCAUAGAGUUCAAUCCAGGAGGAUGGACGAGCAGAGAGCCCUGAUGUUGCUGAGCUGCACCAAGGAUGAGCAGGACCAGAGCCUAGCCGAGUCUUCCCACCAUCAUCCUCAUCACUCAUAAAGAGUCUGGUUUGAAUCUGGUUCCGGAUACUGACUUCAGAAGAGAACCAGAGUUCAAACUACUGAAGCUGAAGUGGUCACCGACAGGGUGCAGGUACAGGUGGAUUCACCUGUGGACUAGCCAAUCUCAGGACUGUGAAAGGGUAUAUGAUAUGACUCUACAGGACCUCUGAUGGGUCCUGGUUCUGAAAAGCCCCCUGCAGGACAACACACCUUCACAGUCUUCUUCUCUGUUUUCAAAUCACAGAUGGGAAAUGACAGUGUCAGCGUCUUUACCUGCUGGCAGAACAUAUUUCUGAUACUCCAGUUUCUCUGUUGCCUCUUGUCACUCCAUUGAUUUAUACCAUAUGUUGUUGUUUAUAGGGACAUUUGUUUAUGUGAUGUUUACACAUUUUCUGCUGAUGUCGUCAUUUAUCUGAUCACCACAAAGAUCUGCCAAGGAAGUUCAAAUUGUGCUGAGAAUCUUCCACUCUGACCAGGGAAGAAGGUCCAGAAUGAGCAGGUCCAGGAACUGCAAUCGGUCUAGUCUCUGAUCUUUGGACUCUCUGAUUGAUUUAGAUUUUUUAUUUUGGUCCAUUAGGAUACAACAUAAUACAACAUAAAAAAGGUCCAAUAUUUUAAGUGGCACCGAAAAGGUAUAGGCUGAAGCCAAGGCUUAUUAUGCCUACCCUUUUAUGAACCUCGACUCAGGAGGUUUUAUACAAAACAAAACUAAUAAUUUGGAUUCAAACAUUGAAAAAGAAUGGAUAUAUUGGACAAGUAACAGAGGUAAUUAGACAAAAAGCAAAGA